AUGGAGCUGGUCGAUGGCGUAAUGUGCACGACAACGUUGACCGAGUCCCCAUGGCAGCUGGAGUAUGCCAUCGACAACAUGACUGGUCAUGAGUACGACGUCGAGUUGGACUUUGCUGGCUCGUCCAACUUGGCCGUGGCGGGGAGCGCUACCCUGUCCUUCCGUGCGACGCUGCGACCGUAUGCGAUAGUGAUCGCGACCGUAGCGCGCGUCCGGCCGUUGGAACGAUGUGCAGUGUGCAUCAACUACCACGUCCAUCGCACGGAAGGAAAGGAGGCACGUCCAUCCCCUGACGAAUCGCAUCUCGUCGAGUUGACUGGUACAUUUGUCGACCCUUCGUUUCCUCCGACGCAAGCUUGUCUCGGCGACAUCUCUUCUGUUCCGUCCAUGAGAUCUAUCCUUCCGACAUUGACAUGGGCGCACGUGUCGUCCAUUCUGCAUUUUCCUUCCGCACAUCCAUCCGUCUUGCCGCCGUCCACCGCGCGACUUUCGUCGUCCUCACUUUGCGGCGGGGACCCCGCCUUUGUCUCGAUCGACAUGAAAUGCGCCCUGCAAAUCGUUGGCGACCGCAUGGGCAUCCUGACGCGUCUCUUCCCCCACACGGUGCCACGUCACGGCCUCGACACCCACGAACGUUUUGCGGUGCUGCUGCAUCGCCAUGGCCAACCGAUAACAGUCGAGAUCGAUGGCUUCGUGCCCUGUAUUAGCCAUGGAGGAGGUCCCGUCGUGAUGAAAUGCCGCCGCACAAUGCAAUGUGUGUGGCCCAUGCUGGUGCACAAAGCCCUGGCGAAACUCUACGGCGGGUAUUCUCACUUGUGCCAAGUGUCUACGAUGCAGCUCCUCCACGACAUGGUUGGCUACCCAAGCGUUAAAGUAACGUGCAAUCCCGCCAACUUGCACUCGAUCGUCCAACCGAUGGUGCAUCGAGGACAUUUGGUGGGUGUGACAUUCCCGUCGGCCAGUUCCAGUCGACAUGGCAUUAUGUUUGUGAGUGGCGACGACCGAGCGAUUACACUUCGGCACUACCCCAGCGAUGCUCGUACCCAACUUGUCGAGAAUUCGGCCAAACACGAUGACGUUGGCGCUAUAAACGCUUGCUGGUACUUCCCGAUGUACCCCCAACGCCUGGUACGCCGCGUAUUCGUCCAGGACGCGGCGGCGUGUGCGUCGGCGGCCGCUGCCAUGUUUAUCCUGAGCAUCCCAUCCCCAGCAUCAGUCAUGAUCAGCCUCACAUACGCCCAUCAAGUUACAGACAUGGGCAUGUCUUUGCUAACUAUGGAGCCCACAAACCAGAUAAAGGAAUCCCUCGUGGAAGUGCCGUCGACGAUCGAUACCCAUCAUCCCAGCGCAUGCACUAUGGUGGCGUCGGUGGAAGCAGGCGAGUACGUUCUAGCUGUGAAACCAGUGCAAUGGAGCCACAACGAUGACAAACACACGGAAAAAGGGACGACCAACACUCCAGUUAUGCAGCGGAUGUUUGACAUGCUGGACUGGGACAUGGACCAUCGAUUGGACAUUCAUGAUAUGGCGCGGUUCAUGGCAGUACGACGAGCAGCUUCUUUUCAAUGUACUCUUUUAGGGUGAUUCUAUUUUAUGAUUUGGAUACUUCUGCCCUAUUAAUAGUUUGAACAUUUUAAAGUUAUUCGAAUAAUUUGAUAGUCACGUAUUUUGGGCUCACAGUGUGGAUCGAAAAGAAACAAAAGGGAAUUAACAUAUCAGAAACAAGUCCCGUAAUCCGCUUUUUAAAAUAUUUUGGCGAAAGACGUGUGAUAUUUUGCAAAAUGUUGAAGUCUCCAUAGUUUGGACCCAUAUAAUUUCUCAGUGUUUUGCCGAUUUGUUAGAAAUUGCGAAAAUAUCCACGAUUUUGGCCUUUUUGAUAAUGACGUCCACAGUCACCCUAAUAUAGAUUACGGCACAGAUCUUCACCCAGUGGUACUUGACCAUAUUUUGAGAAUCAAAACAUUGUGUAUGUAUACAAAUUACUCGACUUCAAAAAUUUUAUACCACAUACAAAUUCUAAAUCUAAUUCGAAGUACCAGUGGUUUGAAUAUUUCCGUCCUUAUGUGUACAGUAGUUUACGUUUUCAAAGGUUUUAGACAAGACAAUUGACCACCCCACCAAUAAACAA